AUGGCACCACCUCGCCUACAAAGAAUAUUAUUGCGCCUACAAAGAUAUGACUUUAUCGCAAAGUACAAGCCUGGUAAAGAAAUGGUACUCGCAGACACUCUUUCCAGAGCAUAUGUUCCAAACUCAGAGCCAGAUGAAAGCCACGUGGAAGACGAAGUCGAGUAUCAUACACACUCUGUUUUGCACAGAAUACCUGUAUCAACAGAUAAACUGGAGAAGAUUCGAGAAGAAAAACCAAAAGAUCCGACGAUGAUAUUUCUUUUGACGGUGAUUCGUAGAGGAUGGCCGCAGUACAGACAGCAGACUCCGAUAGAAAUCCACGAGUUCUGGAAUUAUCGGGAUGAAAUGUCAGAGAUCGAGGGUGUCAUUAUGAAAGGAGACAGGAUAGUCAUACCAAUAGUGUUACUAAGUGAGAUGUUAGCUCGAGUCCAUGAUAGCCAUAUGGGAAUUGAGAAAUGUCGAGGUCGAGGGAGAGAUAUCAUUUUCUGGCCAAACAUGAACGAACAGAUCAAUGACCUGAUAUCCAAGUGUGACAUUUGUCAAGAACAUCUGUCAUCAAACCCAAAAGAGCCAAUGAUUGAAUCCCCAUUACCAAGCAGACCGUGGGAAACAGUCGUCACAGAUCUUUUUCAUUGGGAACAGAAAGAUUAGUUAUUAGUGGUAGACUACUACUCUCGUUAUGUGGAAGUUGCAAAGUUAGACGACACCAAAAGUCGAACAGUUGUCAAUCAUCCCAAGUCUAUUUUCGCCAGACAUGGUAUACCAUCUGUUGUUCGAAGCGAUAACGAUCCGCAAUAUACAGCUCAGGAGUACAAGCAAUUCUCUUAAGAAUGGUUAUUUGGACAUCAGACAUCUAGUCCUUACUAUCCUAAAUCCAACGGUUUGGCAGAGAAAGCUGUUCAGACAGUUAGAAGAUUGCUGACAAAAGCUAAAGCGGAUGAUAAAUAUCCUUAUCUGAGUCUUCUUGAAUAUCGGAACACACCAAUCGAUGAUGUUGGUCCUCCAUCACAAUUGCUGAUGAGUCGCCGACUUAAGUCUAUUCUACCGACAACCACAAGUCAGUUGCAACUGCAGAUUAUCAAUCCCAAAGCAGUUGAAGUGAAGCUACGAAAUUAA